UGUAUAUUACUUUGUUGCCUGCGUGCUGCUAGCUUGUCGACUGCAGUCUUGUCUCCCGUAUGACCAACGCAAACUGCAAGGCAACAAAUUAAUUCCUCUUGUUGCCGUCGAGAAAAGUUGCCCGUGUGACCAGACAUUAGAGAACCUUGUAAAGUCCCUUCAUUUUUUGUCCAACAAUCCGAGCACAGGCUAGCAUCGUCAUACCUGCAGCUCAGGGUUAAAAUCAAAGUGUUUGGGUUUGUUAAUAAAGUUUUGUAUUUAAAAACAGUGACAAACUAAAGGCGGGGUGUGUUUUCACUGUGGCGCGGGAGUUUGUACUUUUUUUUUUUUGCUGAAUUGAGGGGAAGUUACAACCGUAAGCAGAAGUUGGAGUUACAAGCGCGUAGGAGGCCCAGUCAGUCGGCACCGAAUGCAUCGAGAUGUCUACGUCAUCUGCUUUAAUAAGUCAGAGCCCGCUGCUGCUGCCUCAGAAUAAAGAGAAGACAGUAUAUGAUGGUUUUAUUACAGUUCAGGAGAAGGAUUUUCGUUUAAGGAUAAUCCUGCCUUCAGAUCUCCAGCUCAAACAUGCAAGAUUGCAGUGUAGCUGGCAGCUGAAACAGUUAUUGCAUGGAUAUCACCACAUCAUAAAGCAGCGGUUGCAGCAUUGCUGUGAUCUGGCUAGUUUCAUGCUUGAACUCAGAACUCUUUUGGAAGUGGCUUUGAAGAACAGACAUGAGAUGCAUGCGGCCCCACCUCCACAAUAUUAUACACAGCUUAUUAAGGAAAUAGAAAGUCUUGGAUGGGAUAAGCUUGCGUACAUCGACACAGAAUUCAGCACCAUCAAACUGAAGGCUAACGACACUUCUGGCAGAGAACAUCUGAUUACAGUUAAAUUAAAGUCAAAGUAUCCAGCUGAAUCUCCUGACUUCACUGCAGAUUUUCCAAUACCCCUUGUCAUUUCUUGGACACAGCAGAGUUCCCUGACAAAUAUUCACAACCAGUUUCUGGCAGCCUUGGAGUCGCUAAAGGAGUUUUGGGAUGUAAUGGAUGAAAUUGACAAGAUGACCUGGGUGCUUGAGCCAGAAAAACCUACAAGAAGUGCUACAAUGCGAAGGAUUGCAAUAGGAAAUAAUGUCUCAAUUAAUCUAGAGGUAGAUGCCAGACACCCUAAAAUGCUGCCUGAAUGCUGUUUGCUAGGAGCUGACCAUGUGGUAAACCCCCUAAGGAAUAAAUUGAAUACAAACAUGCAUUUGUGGAAUCCAGAAUGCAGUGUAUUGCAAAACAUCAAGGAAAUACUGGAAAUAGAAUUCCCCAUACCUGCCAACCGUGAAAAAACUAAUUUCAGUAUGGAAUGUGGCAUUUGUUAUUCAUAUCGACUGGAUUCAGCCAUACCAGAUCAAGUGUGCAAUGAUCCACGAUGUGGUCAGCCUUUCCAUCAAGCUUGUCUAUAUGAGUGGCUGAGAGGUCUUCCUUCAUGUAGACAAAGUUUUAACAUUAUUUUUGGAGAGUGCCCUUACUGUAGCAAGCCCAUUACUGUGAAAAUGACUGUCAAGAAGCCCUGAAUCAAAAACACCCUUCUAAAAAAAAAAAAAAAAUCCAGACAGUUGUGCAGCCU